CUUUCGCAUUUGAUACGUGCGCGCUUUUUUCGUCUUUCAAUGAAAACAAAAUUUAUUUACGAACUUAUAUUUUUUGGUUUCUUUUCUAAAAAUUUUUCAUACUAUCCAUUUUUUAAAAUGCAUGAAAAUUUCUGUCAUUGUGUUUGAUGAAUUUUGAUGUUCUAAUUAAAUAAUCAGCGUUCUAGUCAUGCAUCCCUAUAUAUAUAUAUAACUAAUUAAAUAAUUGUUUAUAAUUAUUUGUAUUUUUCUUGUACUUUUAAAAAUGGAAGAAACAUUUGUUCCAAACGAUAGCCAUUCUUCUAGAAAUUUCAGAAACACGAGAUGUGGUAUUUUUAAUUGGUAUCCUCAAUUUCUACAACGAUUUGCAAAUCCCAGGUGGUUUCUAUUAUUUUUUUGUCUCAUAGGAAUUUUACAAGGAGCUUAUUUCACUUAUUUUAUCGGAAUUUUAUCUACAUUGGAAAGGAGAUAUUCUUUUGAUAGUGGAGUUACUGGUAUAAUUUUGAUUGCAGAUAAUUUGAGUCCUGUUUUAUUUGGUGUCUUCGUUGGUUAUUUUGGAAAAUAUAUGCACAGACCUAAACUAGUCACAUUUGGAAUGACAAUAACUGUUUUUAGUUGUUUUCUAAGUUGUUUACCAUGUUUGUUGUUUGGUUCUGAAUUUGAUGUAUCUUCUGGCAAUAAAGAGAGUACUGUAUUAUGUAAUCACAGGGAAAACUCGCAACAUUGUGCCAAAUUAUCUCAAAAUGUGAUUGCUAUUGUAAUUCUGUUUGCUGCUAACUUCUUAAAUGGUUUUGGAUCUAUGUCUUAUUAUACUGUUGGUACACCUUAUAUAGAUGAUAAUGUCAAGAAAAAGAACUCUCCUUUGUAUCUAGGAGCUAUGUUUGCCUUGAGAAUCAUUGGUCCGACUUUAGGAUUCAUGUUGUCGUCGUUCUGUUUGAAGUAUUAUGAAAAUCCAUUCAUUGAUCCUGGUUUUAGCAGAAAUGAUCCAAAAUGGGUUGGAGCUUGGUGGCUAGGUUUCAUCAUUCUUGGAUUAGCUCUAUUCCUUGUUUCAUUUCCUGUUGCAUUUUUUCCUAAGCGCAUGAACAAUAACUCAUCCUCAAAUGAAGAUGAUAAUUCAUUUGAAACAUCUAUUUCUGAUUUGUAUCUUUCAUUGAAAAAAUUGAUAUCAAACCCAAUUCUUAUGUUCCAUACUCUGAGUAUUGUUUUCCAAAUAAAUGGAUUAUUUGGCUAUUUUGUAUACAUGCCAAAAUAUAUGGAAAGUCAGUAUCAGAAAACUGCAUCAUCGGCUAGUUUUUUUUCAGGUACUAUUACCAUGAUUGCUAUGGUGAUUGGAGUAUUUUUAGGUGGUUAUUGCAUCCAUAAAAUCAAACCAAGAGCUCGUUUUCUGAUUGGAUAUAUGUUAUUCAUUGAAAUAUUUGCUGGAGCAGUACUUUUAUCUGCUACUUUUAUGGGCUGUGAAUCAAAACAAAUGCUGAAAACUGAUUCUUCUUUAUUAUCACCAGAAUUGCUAAAAUGUAGUCAAAAUUGCAACUGUAGCAAUCAUGAUUUUCAGCCUAUAUGUGAUAUUAAUGAUAUUGUUCAUUUUUCACCUUGCUCAGCUGGAUGUCAGAAUUACAGUAUUUUUGAAAACCGAAAAAGAUUUCAUGAAUGUUCUUGCAUCUCACCUGUAAAACAAACAACGAAUUUUUCUGCAACUAGUGGAUUUUGUUCAGUAGAAUGUGACAUGUUCCUGCCUUACCUCACUAUUGUUACAGUUGCAAAAAUGCUUUCUGCAACAGCUCGUGUUGGAAAUGUUAUUGUAACUCUUAGAUGUGUUGAUGAAAAAGAUAAAACACUUGCACUUGGAGCUGUUGAGUUUAUGAUAUCUAUCUUUGCUACAAUACCAUAUCCUCUCUUGUAUGGCUUUGUUAUCAAUAAAGCAUGUGUCCUGUGGGAUGAAUCCUGUGGACAUCGAGGAAAUUGCUGGCUGUAUGAUAAUAAUUUGUUUCGACAAUAUCUGCAUAGCUUGUCUUCUGGAUUUAUAUUUUUGGCUAUUAUUUGUGAUUUUGUUGUGUUCAUAAUGAGCUCCAAAAUAUCAAAUAUGUAUGGUAUAAAUACUAAACCUGUAGAAAAUCUUGAAGUGCAAGAUACAAACCUCUGAGUCUCAGUUUUUACACUGUAUGUGAUUAAUUUUUUAUUUUUUGUUUCUCUCGCUCUCUUUUUUUCAGCAGUCGUGAUAUAUAUAUAUAUUUUUGCUUAUUUUUUAACCUUGUAAACUUUUAUUGUUAUUUUCUUUCACAAAUUAUUACAAUUUGUAGUAGCUUAUAAAAAGUAUUCUUUUAAUGCUGUGUGUGUCUAUUUUUUUCAGAAAUGCUCAUGAUUCUGAAAUAACAAAUUUUUAGAGUAUUGUUUGAAAGUUAUAAUUAUUUUGAGAGUACAAGCUUUUAUGUUUUCUUUUAUAAUAAUGCAUUUAUAUCCAUGCACAACAGUAAACUAUUUUUAAUAUAUAUUCAGUUAUAAUUUUUUUAUUUAUUUUCCUUAUCAGUCUUAAAUGUUUUCAAAAUUGUUAUUGUUAAUCAUUUAAAAAUAUUUAUUCCUUCAUUAUUCCUCAUAUAUUGUCACUGAAAAUAUAUCCCCCUUUAAUUUUCCAUAGUAUUGUUUUUUAUCAUAAUAUUUAUACUAUUAUAUAGUGCUACAAUCUACUGUCUUAUGAUUACUAUUAAAUUCUACUAGUGGUAAUAAUUCUUGAAAUAAUAAAAAGUUAAGAAUUUUGGAAAAAUUGCAUUAAACCGUUAUGAUUUUGUCAUUCAAAUGUGUACUGUUUCCAAUUUAUAUUGGAAUUGAGGUAUACUUGCAAAACUCAGUAAUAAUUUCACUACUGUUAUUUUCUUUUUGUCUUUAGAUAUUGCUUAAUACAGUUAUUAUCCUAUACUUUAUAACUUUAUUUAAUAUGCUGUCAUAUUUAUAAAUUUACCUUUAAAACAUUAAGCAGAAAAUAGGGAGGAUAAUCUCAGUCAGAAUAAAAUCUAAACAUUCUUAGAAAUAUUACUUUGCCAAAUCUUGCAAAUUUGUUAGAUACUUAAUGUUACUUUUUUACACUAAAAAGAAUAAAAUCUUUUCUGAAAAAUACUAUAUAUCAAGGUAGUGUAGAAAUCACCUGCAUUUAUUUUUACUAAUGAUUUUUUUUUAAAUUUCACAAAUAUUAAACAGGAAAAAGUCAUUCAUCUUUACUUAAAAUGAAGAAGAAACAACAGUGCUGACAACAUUUAAUAUAUUUAUUAUCCAGGUAUCCACUUAUCAAGAUCUGGUAAUUAAUUUUUAAAGCAUUUGAAAUAUGCAUAUACUUUUGUUCUGAAAAAUUCGUUAAUUGACUCAAUUUUAUUGCAAUCCAGUAUUGCAUCAGUGGUUCAUUUAUUAUGUUUAUUUUAAUAAAUAGACUGCUAAAAAAAUUACAAAAUCUAAAUUUUUAUACAAUUUAGUUAUCAGUUAUAUUUCUUGACAUUUAAAAAUAAAAACUUCACCUCUUCAAUUGAAAUUCAUCGACUUGUGACUACUUUAAAUGAUGACCACCUAUUUUAAACCAUUUCAAUGGCAUCCUUGUAGAAGAUUCGCCCAUCAGUCAAUCAACAGCAUGUGUUUAAAGUUGCUAUUCAUUGGCUAAAAAUAAUGUAAUUCUGAACUUUUUAAUUCAGUAAGUUUUAAACAGUGAAAAUUAGAACUUUUUCUUUAAAUUGUCUUGGGUAUCAAGAAUAUUUUGUUAAAUAUGAUUGAUAAGAUUGUUGACUCAAACAACAUAAAACAUAAUCCAUUACACUAUAUAUUGCAAUAUUCCAAACAGAAAUAUAUGUCAAUCUUUUAGUUUAGAAAUUAGCUUUUUGGACACAAUUAGAAUGGCUGACAUUGGCUAUUGCUGGCUAUAAUUAUUAGUAUUAUAUUUUAUUAUUUUCCUGGUGCAAUGGGAUUUUCUUAUAAUUGAAUGAAAAUAACCUCUUUAGAAUUUAUAAUUUAAAAGUCACACCCAUGUGUUAUAAAUUGUGUAAUUUAUAACACAUGAGCUACCACUGACUUUAUCUAAUAAUUUACUUUGAUAUAUUUUAAUAGUCAUGAUUUUCUUCUGUUGAUAUUCUUGAACAUUUUCACCAUUAUGUAGUCUUUGUAUUCAUUCUGUAAUUAAUAUAUACACUAAAGGAAAAUAAUAUAUCCAAGAAUAAAUAUUAUACAUUUAUAUAUGAAAAGGCACUUGUUUAUUUUUAUAUCCCCUAGCCACACUUGACCAUUUUCAAAUUAUGUCAAGAUUGCCUUCUUCCUUAUACAUAAUGCAUCCACUUUGGCAAUAUAGCAUAGUUACUUUGUGAUAAAAUCCAGGGGCCAUAAAAAUAAACAAAUACCUAUAAAUUAUAAAGUUUACAUUUUGAUAUAAUUUACUUAUUUAUUCAGUAGUGAAUUUCCCUAAUUUUUCACUUUGAUUAUUAGUAUUUAAAUACUUUAUUAUAGUUUUUAUAAUUAUUAUAUAUUUGCUUGAAAGUAUUCAUUUCAGUACUCUGCACAGAAAUAAUAUGUGAUAAUGUAAAGAAAACUUUUUAAUAGAACAAAAUAAUA